UGUGUAAAAAUGUCGCUGCUAGCGCUCUGCGGCCUCCUCCUCGCCUCGACGGCGUCGGAUUCACCGCGGCGCCGCACCGUCCUCGUCACCGGCGGCGCCCGCGGAAUCGGCGCCGCGUGCUGCCAACGGUUCGCGGCCAACGGCGACCGCGUCCUGGUUCACUUUCGAAGUGAUCAGCGUCAGGCAGAGGCGGUUCGCGAGUCGCUUCCUGGGACCGGCCACGCGAUCAUCCAGUCUGCACUCGACGAGGCGGGUGCGCCGGGGAAGCUCGUGGCGGACGCGAUGGCGGCCGUUAGCGAUUACGGCGAGGCGUUGGACUGCAUGAUAAUCAACCACGGUGUCUAUGAGGAACAUCCAGUCGAGACAACAUCUGCGGCGGACUGGUCUUCGUCGUUUGAGCGCGUGCUUCGCACCAACCUUGCAGCGCCCGCCGAGCUUGCCUUUGCCUUCGGAAGCGCCGCUCGCGAGAACGGGCGCGGCGGCGCUGUCGUCUUUGUCUCGUCUCGCGGCGCCUACCGCGGCGAACCCAUCGCAGCCGCCUAUGGCGCGAGCAAGGCGGGCCUCAACUCGCUGACCGGCUCCCUCGCUCAGGCCUUCGGGCCGCACGGCAUCCGCGUCUCCGCCGUCGCACCGGGCUUCAUAGCGACCGAGAUGGCAGCCGAGGUGCUCGCCUCUCCGCGCGGCGACGAUAUCCGCAGCCAGAGCCCGUGGGGACGCGUGGGGUCACCGGAAGAGGUGGCCGCUGCUGUGUUCCACCUCGCAAGUCCGGAGGGCGCCUGGUCGACGGGCGCAGUGCUCGACUGCAACGGUGCGUCGUACCUUCAUUGA